GGAAGCACUGUGAGGUCAUUAGCGCAGCUCGGCAGCAGCGCGCUGACUUGUGAUUGGUCAGAAGUACAGAGCGUGGCUGUCACUCACCUAAGGUCCGCCUCUACGCUUCUCAGACUGAAAAGUGGAGCGGAACCGAAUUCGCGGUCCCGAACCUGAGUGUGGAUUAAUGUCUGACUAAUUAAGUGGUCAAUCAAUGAUUGAACAUAGAAAUCGAUGAGCGACUGAUCGAGUAAAACAAGAGUGUGUUCGUUUUCUGAAAGGGGAUGUCCCGGAGACAGGACAGGAUGAAGGAAACCAACCUGAAGAAAAAGGAGAAGGAGCGACUGAAGGAGAGGGAGAAGGAGGCCAGAGAGAGAGAGGCUCGCUCCAGUAAUGGUCACCUGUUCACGUCGCUGACCGUCUCGUCCACAACAUUGUGUUCGUCCUGUAACAGGAGCAUCACAGCAAAGGAGGCACUGAGCUGUCCAGGUUGUAAUGUCACCAUCCAUAACCGCUGCAGAGACAGUCUGGCCAGCUGUGCUAAGAUGAAGCAGAAGCAACACAAGUUGGCAAUAGUCAGGAACAGUUCAGCUCUGCAGAACGUCACCAUGAGGGCAAAGACUCCGAUGAUGAAGGAACGCCCAAAUUCAGCCAUCUAUCCCUCUGAUCUUCGUCAGUCACUGCUCGGGUCCAGACGGGUUCGUUCUGGGUUGUCACUCGCCAAGAGCGUCUCCACCAAUAACAUCGCAGGAGGGACUGAGGAAUCUGGAGGUCUUCGGAGGAUCCUGUCUCACUCCACAGAGUCCUUGAACUUCAGGAACAGAACUUUGUCCAUGGAGUCUCUGACUGACGACGUGGAGUGGUGGUGGAACCCCCUGCUGGAGCAGCUGCAGGCCGAGGGCGUGUGCGUCCAGGCGGACAGCUGGAGCAUGGCGGUGGAUCCCAACUUCCUGCAGACGCUGCACAAAGACGUGAUCCGGCAGCAGGACGUCAUCUACGAGCUCAUCCAAACAGAGUUCCAUCACGUGCGGACGCUGCGAAUCAUGGAGGGCGUGUACCGGCGCGGGCUGCAGGAAGAAGUGAUGCUGGAGGCGGGCGUUGUCCAUAGCAUGUUCCCGUGUUUGGACCAGUUGCUGGAGCUUCACACCAACUUCCUGUCUCAGCUGUUGACCCGCAGAAAAGAGGGUCUGGCCGAGGGCAGCUCCAACAACUUCACAGUUCGUAGUAUUGGAGACCUGCUGGUCAGACAGUUCUCAGGUCAGUGUGCGGAGGACAUGAAGAAGCUGUACUCUGAGUUCUGCAGUCGACAUCCUAAAGCUGUGAAACUCUACAAAGAAGUCUUAGCUCGAGACCGACGGCUGCAGCAGCUCAUCAGGCGUGUCUGUCGAGGGCCUUUGCUGCGUCGUCACGGCGUUCAGGAGUGUAUCCUGCUGGUGACACAACGGAUCACAAAGUAUCCAGUUCUGAUCCAGCGGAUCCUGGACAACACCAAAGGUAACGAACAGGAGUCGCAGGCUCUCCGCAAAGCACUGCAGCUGCUGAAAGAUCUGAUCGGCUCCGUGGAUCAGAAGGUUCUGGAACUGGACAGAGCCCGCCGACUCCAGGAGAUCCAGGCUCGUCUGGAUCCUCGAGCUCAGGCGGAAGUUCAGGGAGGAGGAGUGUUCAGAGGAGGAGAGCUGCUGCGGCGGAGGCUCGUGGACGAAGGGCCGCUCCUCUGGAAGGUUCAGGGUUCGAGGAUGAAAGACGUCCAGGUCCUGCUGAUGUCAGACAUCCUGGUUUUCCUUCAGGAAAAAGAUCAGAAGUACACGUUCGCAUCACUGGACAAGUCUCCCGUGGUCUCACUGACCAACCUGAUCGUCAGGGACAUAGCCAAUCAGGAGAGAGGGAUGUACCUGAUCAGUGCGGCCACUCCUCCAGUAAUGUACGAGCUGUACGCAUCCACCAAGGACGACCGACGCAGCUGGAUGACCCGCAUCCAGAAGGCUGCUCUCAGUUGUCCGUCCAGAGAUGAGUUUCCUCUCAUUGAGACUGAAGAUAAAGCUUUACUACGACGACUCAGAGCUGACAUCCAGCAGAAGGACAGGGAGGUGCUGGAGCUCCUGCAGGAGCGUGUAACUCUCUUCUCAGACCUGGUGGAGGCGACAGGAAGAGAGGAAGCGGAGGAGGAGGAAGAAGGAGGAGGAGGAGGAGGAGAAACCAAGGAGGUGAACGCCUCCUUGAGGAACCUGUUCAGAGCCGACACUCCUCACGCUCCUCAGGCAGAGCCCAUCCUGGUCGCCGCUAUAGCUGAGGUGGACAGUCUGACGGAGCUGCUCCUCAACAACAAACCAACUGUAACCAACAACAACCAGGAGCUCAGCAAUGGAGACUCUGGUUCUCUGAACGGCUCCUUUGACUCAAAGGACAAAAAUGGAAAUCAGCUGCAAGAAAAAAUCUUAAACAAGGAAGUCCGUCAGCGAUUGGUCGACCUGAGCGCCAAGCUUCACAGCCUGCUGGCUGCUGUGAUUCGUCAGGACUCCAUCCUGGAGUCAUUCAGCUCAGCCCCCACCCCCACGAGUGAAGGCCCCGUCCCUGGUUCUCAAUCUGGGCCCCGUUUCAGCCGCUCUAUGUCACGAGACACAGGAUUGGACGCCAGUGGGGAUGUGGUGUUACAGCGCCAUCAGGUGGAUGACCUGCAGGAGCAGGUGAAGCAGCUGCGCCUUAAGGGUUCAGGACCUGACAGGAAGGAGGUGGAGCAGAGCGGCAGGAGGAGGAGUAAUGGAGAGGUUAAGAGGCGUGGCAGCAAGGAACUAGAGCUCCGCCCACUUGCUCCAUUGGCCAGUCAGGAACCAGAUGACCAGUUGGACGGACUCCUGGAGGGAAAUGAAGAGGGAGUGGAGGUGAUGAAGGUCUCGCCACGCUCAGACAGUCCCAGAGACCUGCAGGACAUUCCUGAAGAGAGCGAAUGCGGAACCGAACCAAGCUAACGCCGCUCCGUCAGUGCCCAACCUCAGGAACGUCACGGUGACGUCACCUGGGAACCCUUUUAUUUCAGCUGUUUUUGUUGUUGUUUGUUUUUUUUAUUGUUGCUGUAUAAAACCAUGUUUACAUCAUCACAUCAGCUGGAGCCUCAACCGCAUCUGGUGGAGUGGGAGGGGCUACAUUAAAACUGGGGGGGUCCUACAGUUGUUUCAGUGUGGUCCAGAUAAACAGUCAGAGACGCUGUCCUCUCUCUCUCUCUGUCCCACUGGACACUUUGAGUCUCUAGGUUUGUGAGUCUUUGUCUGAUAGAAUAACUUAUUCCAAUUUUUGACAAUAUAUCAGUCUUGAUUUUAAAUUGUUCUUAUUUCUACAUUCGACAGACACCAAGAUUAAAUCAAGUCUUCAAGUCUUUCUCCAUGUUUUAGUCUUUUAGUCAUUUUGAGUCUCUGUUCUGAGCCUUUGUUUGUAGGACUGUGAGUCUGUGUCUCUGAGGUUCUUGGCCUGUCAGUCUUUGUUGGCACUAAAGCCUUUUGAACCUUUUUUUCUCUCUGUUUUAAUCUUUGAGUUUUGACUGAGUCUUUUGUGUCCAAGCCUCUGUUUCAUUUGUUUUAAGACCUGUGACUCUUUUGUUGCCUGACUCUGAAGAUUUGAGUCUUUCACUUUUUGCUGCCUACAAAUCUAAAUCUCAAAACUACUGCCUGAACGUUUGACUCUGCUGCCUGAGUCUGUACGGUUUUAAAGUCUCUGACUCUACUAGCCUCUGAAUCGGUGAGGUUUUGAUUCUGUUCAUGUUUUCCUGCCUCAGACUGAAACUUGUACCUGACACUACAUUACCCAAAAUGCACCUGAAUUCCGUGGGUCAGUAAAUUUACAGAUGUAAAUUGUGUAUCAAUGUGACAUAAACUAAAGGUGACACAAAAGACAGGGUGUAUGCUAUUUUAGUUAGUCUUUUUAUAAGAUGAACCAAAAACAUUUGUGUUUAUUUUUAAUUAAACCUCAGAGUUUUUCUCAAGCUGAACUGAACACAGAUUUCUGUUGGGUGAUGCAUCAGGUAAACCUGAACCUAAACCUUGACUGGAGGGGUUGGAAUGGGAGGGAUACAGGGGAGCGGGGGCUGGGGGGUUACACGAUGCUGUCAAUACAUAUCCAAAAAAAAAAGAGUUUUUUUUAUUAUUAUCUGACUGAAGCUUGACGUUUAAAGCCUCCUAUCUGUUAGCAUGUUAGCAUGUUUACUGAUUGUUGCUGUAGUUGUUGAUCAUGUUCCUGUAAUCGGUUCCUGAUGGGACCCAUUCUGAAGGAGAACUACUUGAUGAAUCUAGACCAUGACCACGGCCACCUGCUGUUUGUGCAUCGUGCGACGGACCUGCAGGUGGUGCUGAUACUUUUACUGUCUUUGAUUUCUUUUUAUUUGUGUUUCCGAUGUUGAACUGAUGUUUGUUGUAAAAAGAUUUGAUGAUAAGUGUAAAUGAUCUUUUCAUGCUUUGAUUCUGUGUAUGUUUGCUGGAAAACAUUUCAUUUUUUAUUUAUCUAUAAACUGUUUAUAAACACCUUCAAUAAUAAUCAUUUUCUGUAUAAACAUAAUAAAUAAAAGAUGUCUGUAUAUAUACCA